AUGGCCGAGUUUGUACGCGCCCAGAUCUUUGGCACCACAUUCGAGAUCACCUCCAGAUACUCCGAUCUCCAGCCUGUUGGCAUGGGAGCUUUUGGCCUCGUUUGCUCUGCCCGGGAUCAACUUACCAACCAAAAUGUCGCAGUCAAGAAGAUCAUGAAGCCUUUCAGCACACCCGUGCUCGCAAAGCGCACAUACCGUGAGCUCAAGCUGCUCAAGCACCUUAAGCACGAAAAUGUCAUUUCUCUCAGCGACAUCUUUAUUUCUCCUCUGGAAGAUAUCUAUUUUGUCACAGAGCUCCUCGGUACCGAUCUUCACCGAUUAUUGACAUCGCGCCCUCUUGAGAAGCAGUUCAUCCAGUACUUCCUCUACCAGAUUAUGCGAGGUCUGAAGUACGUGCAUUCGGCCGGCGUUGUCCACCGCGAUCUCAAACCCAGCAAUAUCCUCGUCAACGAAAACUGUGAUCUCAAGAUUUGCGACUUUGGUCUUGCACGAAUCCAGGACCCUCAGAUGACUGGUUAUGUCUCCACACGAUACUACCGAGCCCCCGAAAUCAUGCUCACCUGGCAAAAAUAUGACGUUGAGGUUGAUAUUUGGAGUGCCGGUUGCAUCUUUGCUGAGAUGCUUGAAGGCAAACCUUUGUUCCCCGGAAAAGAUCACGUCAACCAAUUCUCUAUCAUCACUGAGCUACUUGGUACCCCCCCAGAUGAUGUUAUCAACACUAUCGCCAGCGAGAACACACUGCGGUUCGUGAAGUCGCUGCCCAAACGCGAGAGACAGCCUCUUCGUAACAAGUUCAAAAAUGCCGACGAUUCGGCUAUUGAUCUGCUUGAGCGCAUGCUUGUCUUCGACCCUAAGAAGCGAAUAACUGCCACAGAGGCCCUCUCCCAUGACUAUCUCUCUCCCUAUCACGACCCCACAGAUGAGCCUGUGGCGGAGGAGAAGUUCGACUGGAGCUUCAACGACGCUGAUCUGCCCGUUGAUACAUGGAAAAUCAUGAUGUACUCAGAAAUCCUCGAUUAUCAUAACGUGGAAGCUGGAGUUACUAACAUGGAGGAGCAAUUCAACGGACAAUAA